AUGCACACGGUGUUCACGGCACAGCUGCUGGGGGCAGAGGCCUAUUUGGUCACCCGCACGUUGCCGCCACCCACUGCUGGGGGCAGCCCUCAACCAAUGGCUGGCGAGAAUUGGUUGUGUAAAAUCCACGCCUCCCACAGCCCCCGGGAAGGUCCUCGACACCCCUUGAUGGCGGGCAGUGUGUGGGCAUCCCUGGGACUCUCCCUUGCCUGCAUCUCAGCCCUCAGCCUCUGCUCUCCCGUCUGGUUCCAGACCCCCACCUUCUCCUUUGGCGUCCUCACCUACUGCUCCUGGCCUCAGGGUAACGGCUGGAACCAGAGCUGUGGAACCUUCAGGUCCCUGGACGACAUUCCUGACUUUGCCUGGAAGGUCUCAGCUGCAAUUCUCCUUGGGGGAUGGCUCUUGUCGGCCUUCAGUGCAGUUCUCCUCCUGUCCUGGGCCCUGGCCCCGAAAGGGCUGUGUCUCAGAAGGGGCAGUGGCCCAAUGCCAGGGGUGCAGGCAGCUGCAGCCACUGCCACCAUUGCGGGCCUGCUGGUUUUCCCUAUCAGCCUGGACUCCCCAUUCGCCAAGGAAGCCUGUAGAACCUCCUCGGUGUACUGCAGUGGCCAGUGCCAGCUGGGCUGGGGCUAUGUGACUGCUAUCUUCAGCGCAGUCCUGGCUAGCUUUCUGCCUAUGAUUGGGUGGCCCCACAUGACUCAGGUCCAGGGGAGGACCAUCCUCUUCUCCAGUGACACUGAGAAAAGCAUCCUCAUGCCAGAAAUGAACAAAUAA